CUUCAGGAUUCAGAUAUAAAGAACUACACAGGACAAACCAACAAAAUAUAAAAAUGAAAAUUAACCCUUCUAGGCUCUCCUCUAUGAUAUACAGCAUACCAACUCCCAGUGGCUCACACUUUCAUGCUGGAUUGCAAAAUAUUUCUCCUCCUCAGAUCCAGGAUUCAGAAAAUAUUAUAUACCUAAAACGUCUGGGCAAAAACUUGACUAUGCAGUUCUGGAAAAAAUGCCUUUUAAAAAUAUUGCCUACAACUGCCUUGGUUAUCAUUUUUUUGGUUAUGUACUAUAUUUUAUCUCCAGCUUUCUCUUACUUCUACAUUGGUGGAAGUGUGGAAAUCCCUAACCUGACUUAUACAAAUGACCUCAUGAAUCCCAAGUCUCAUGCAUUUAUAUUGCAAGCUGAAGCACUACAGAAUUAUUUUGCAGAAAUAUACGGGUCUUCUGCUAUAAGCAAUUAUUACUUGAAAUCUGUUAUUGCUGCAUUCAGUGAUGGAAAAAGUGGUGCUCGAGCAUAUUAUUGGAGCACAUUUUGGGCCCCCACAAAUGUUGUUCUUCCUAUCAAAAACCUAUCCUCAGCAUAUCAGAAGCAAAUCAGUUUUAAAAAAAUACCUGCAAUAGCUAAUAACACUGCUGAAACAUUUCCGUUAGAAGAAGACUUUGAUAUAAUUACUAUGGAGCUUUUUGAACCUGGUUCUAUGGCCUAUGACACAAUACAGAAAUCAGCAGCCUUUGACCUUUACGCAAAGCCUGGUAAUAAUAGGACGUUAACUCUGUUGAAUCCCAAGAAAUCUUUUUAUCAAUGGAGGCUACGUGUUCCAUCUGAAUGUGUUGUGAGAUUGGUAGUUGUAACAUCGUAUGAUGUGGUUCCUGGGAGUUGUGCAACACACAGGCUAUCUGCGUAUGAUUUUCUUCUUCCAUUGCAAAACAAGAUCAUUACCAGGUGGUGUGGAAUGUCAGGAGCCUGGAAACCUCCAGUUAUACGUUUAACUUCAUCCAGUAAUGUAAUGCUGGUCACUUUUUCACUGGAUCGACGACAAAAGAGUAAUAUAUUGAAAGCAUAUUUCCAGGCUGUUCCUAAAAUUGUUUGUGGUGGCUGGUAUGUUUCCUGGAAUGGGAGUGUAAUUUCACCUUAUUAUCCUAGUUACUAUCCACCAAACAUUGACUGCCACUGGGUUAUCAGGGCUCCACUCCCUGGAUACAGAUUGAUGCUAAAAAUUAUUGUAAUACAAAUUCAGGAACAAUCUCCUGGAUCCAAGAAAUGUGAUAAAGAUUGGCUGGCAAUUGAUGGAGUAAGAUAUUGCAAAGCUAUUGCAGAAGAAAACAGAGUCAAGGAAUAUGGCUAUUCCAUUUCAAUUAGCUUCCAUUCUGAUGAACUGGUCACACACAGAGGUUUUUAUAUAGAAUUUAGAGCUUUCAGCCAUACAGAUCUAAAUGUGAUGGAUGGAAUGACUGCACAGAUGGAAGUGAUGAAAUGGAUUGUGAACAAUACUGACCAUUUUUUCACCGGUCAUUUCAUCUUUUCAGCGUAUAAAAGAUGUCUACCUCAUUCAUAUAAGUGUCUAAAUGGGAAAUGUCCAAAAAAAUUAAAUCCAGAAUGUGAUGGUAUAAAAGACUGUGAAGAUGGAUUUGAUGAAAUGAAUUGUGCAUGUGGAAGGAGUCAGAUAACAAACUUCAGAAUUGUUGGUGGUGAAGAAUCAAGGCCUGGAAAGUGGCCUUGGCAAGCAAGCUUGCAACUGGGAACAUCUGGUCAUAUUUGUGGUGCCUCUGUAAUUUCAAAUCGGUGGUUGGUAUCAGCUGCACAUUGCUUUCAGGACUCCGAGUCUAUAAGAUACUCCAUAGCAUCAGGCUGGACAGCAUAUAUGGGUAUAAAAAGCAUAACCAAAUACAGCAAUAAUCAAGCAGUAAUGAGAUCAAUCAAAAGGAUAAUAGUCCAUCCAAAUUAUGACCCAUACAUCUCAGAUUAUGACAUUGCGCUCUUGGAAAUGGAGGCACCGGUAUUUUUCACUGAGCUGAUACAACCCGUAUGUUUACUGAGCAGUCCUAGAGUAUUUAUUUAUGGAACUGUCUGCUAUGUAACUGGCUGGGGAGCUGUAAAAGAAAAUAGUCAGCUUACAAAAACAUUACAAGAAGCCAAAGUGAAAAUCAUUAACCAAAGUGUUUGCAACAAACUUUAUGAUUACCUAAUUACAUCUCAAAUGUUAUGUGCUGGGAAUCUGAAUGGUGGUACUGAUGCAUGUCAGGGUGAUUCUGGAGGACCAUUAGCCUGUUUAGGAAAAGGAAACAGAUGGUACCUUACAGGCAUUGUCAGCUGGGGUGAAGGAUGUGCUCGAAGGAACCGCCCUGGAGUUUAUACUAAGGUCACAGCAUUUUAUGAAUGGAUCCAUCAAUACAUAAACUAACAAAUGCUCGAAUGCUCUGCCUGAUUCAGUUGUCUCAGUUACAAAUUUUCAGUUUUAGUCACAAAUUGACUUCUGUGGACCUCACUUCAUACUUAAGAGGUCCGUAGAGGGGACGUGCAUAAGCACACUAAUGUGACUAUCGUCCCGGUCAUUGUAUUUUUAUAUUAUUCCUGUUUUUGUUUCUGUUUGUCAAAUUACAGUAAAUAAAAUAAAAAAAUAAAUGAUUUAAAAGAAAGCUGAAAGCAUCCAUAUGACUUCCAAUUACUAUGUACAAAACAGAUUGUAUAAAACAAUUUUAAAAAGCACUUUGGAUAUUUUUGUAUAACUUUUUUUUUAAAAAAACUUACCUUUUUGCACUAAAUAAUUAUUGAAUUAAGCAUGGGUAAUUUUCACUAUGUGGGUGUUCAUGGUAUUCUAUCAGCAACUAUGGAAAAGGGGAAUAAGAUUUUGUUCAAUACUUCUUGAUUUGAUUCGUCUUCUUAUUUUCAUCUAUUUUCAUCUUGUUUUUGAUAUUUUCUCUUAAGAUGCAUAUCAGUAGUCAAUUUUUGAGACGUAUGUAGAACUUUGCAAUUAUGCUGAAAAUGAAGGUCAAUUUCUUUGGAACAGAUGCUGGAUACUGCUGACAUCUCAGCAUUCAAUCAGAAUUCUUUUAAGAUUUAGUUGGUUUGAAUCUUGUUUUCUUUAAUUCCCUGGUAGAGUUUCUUGCUAUUUCUCCUCUAUUCCACAUUGCAUGUUGUUAAUAUGUGAAUGUUAACUGUAAUAAAAUAAUGAAUUCGACAGAAACCCCCAAAAUUGGAGCAAUAGGUGGUGCAGUGGUUAGAGUGCAGCACUGCAGGCUACUUCUGCUGACUGCCGGCUGCCUGCAAUUUCCGAGGUGGGUAAAAUGAGGACCCAAAUUGUUGGGGGCAAUAAGGCCAAGUGCUUAUUUCAGGGUUCAAAAAAAUAUAUAGGACAGGAUCUUAUUUUCCGGGAAACAUGGUAUUCAUUUAAUUAUUGCAUCAUUUAGAGCCUUGGUGGCGCAGCAGACUAAAUUGCUGUUAAGUAACAUCAGCUGCCUGCAAUUACUGCAAGUUCAAAUCUCACCAGGCUCAAGGUUGAUUCAGCCUUCCAUCCUUUCGAGGUAGGUAAAAUGAGGACCCGGAUUGUGGGGCAAUAAGCUGACUUUGUAUAAAAAAAGAACACCGCUGUGGGAGGGGGGGAAGCCCUACUAAGCAGGUAUAUACAAAAGUAUGAAGGCUAUUGCUUAACGCAUUGUAAGCCGCCCUGAGUCUCCGGAGAAGAGUGGCAUAUAAAUCGAACCAAUAAAUAUAAAUCGAACCAAUAAAUUUAGUGACCAAAAUUACAGUCCCAUUUAUGGUUAUAGGUUGAGGACUACCUGUAUACAUUAAUUGUUUCUUAUGUUUUUUAUUAUAUGAAAACAUGGCUAAAGAAAUUUCUGAUGAAUGAACCAACCCACAUUUUUUUUUCUGAGGCAGUUCAUAUAAUAUAGCUGUGGUUCUGAUAAGUAUCAUAUGUCAAUGACCAAUAAACAGAAGAAUGUGUGACACUGGUGGAUUGUACUGGUCUGGAUUUUCAGGAGGAAGAGAGUGCAUUCAGAGGAGUAAGAGACAGCUCAGUUCAGAUAGUGUGUAUGUAUAAGAGGAAGAGCUACCUUCCUGAAAGUUCUUUUGAAUAUAGGCUUGUGUAGAUAGAACAGUGCUUUACUAUGGCAAGAUUCUGCCUAUAAGUGUAGAACAAUAGAAAUCUACUUAGAAAAAUCACCACAUAUUUCCUGUUUUGGGAGGGGUGAGGCUGAGUGACUAUAUGUCAGGCAUAUAACCCAGGGAUAGGUUCUACUUACCUUUACUACCGGUUCGCAAUGGGAGCGCACGCGAGCAUGCGCAGAAGCUUCUGCGCAUGUGCAGAUCAUCAAUUAUGACGUCUGGGCUGGUAGGUGGAGCCUCCCACUGCUUUUACUACCGGUUCUAAAGAACCUGACAGAACCGGGAGCAACCCACCACUGAUAUAACCACAUAUAUUCAGAAGCUCAGUAAGGGACGGGUUUUUUUUUUAUUAUUACAUAUUAUUCUUUUAUUAGUUUUAUUGUUUU